GGAUUUGCGGCAACGUGCGCCUCCAAGCGCUGCUCGAGCUCCAAACGCAGCGAGAUGAGCCCCUUUACUUUACUUUACUUUACUUUACUCUCUUCUCUUGCUAUCCUUGCAUCCUCUUUUCCUUCUGCACAGCUUUGAAACAGUCGACGUCAUUUCUCUCGCGCUGUUUGACUUGCUUCCUUUUGUUUUAGGCUUCUUAAGGCCUACGAACCACUGUGAAGCAGUUUGCAUUUGUGGGCGUCCUCGUUUUUUGUCAGUCCACUUUGCAGCUGUAGCGCGACACUCCCUCUCCAGCGCCCUUCAGCCUAUGCCGGCUUGUGCUUUGGAACUCGACACCGCUAUGGAAUAGGAUUCUGGCGGUCCAGGAGCGUCGCCGUGGAGUUGGCGACAUUUCGCUUGUCAGCAUUUUAACAUCUCGGCGAGCACCACACUUCACCAGCUUGGAGCAGGAGGCGUAUCAACCUCUGUGGUUGGUCAUUUGCAUCCGCGUGUGCAGCAGGGUGCUUUGGGUGUGGCGGUCGGGGGAGCCCUGCAGCACUUGGGUGUUUUUUUGGGGUGUGGCUCGUCUUCGUGCCCUUGUUGCCUGGUGCCUGGAUGCCUGGCGCCCGCCCUGCUGUGAUGCCCUGCUUGGCAGCGGACAGCACCCCUGCAGGUGGGGGCAACGCUGCCAGCCCGUUCUUCAGCCCCGGGCUGCAGCUCCACCUUGCCCUGUCCACGCAUAGCCUGGCGCACGGAGUGCAGGACCUGACGACGCAGCCUCAGGGCCCCAGCCUGCCUACCUACCCAGUCCUUCUGGUGGGUGCCACCACGGGGCUCCCAGAGGGCGAGCAGCUGUCCUCAGCCGGCGUCCGGGAGGUGACCAGUGCUGCCCUGUCAGUGCUGGACACCAUGUGCAGGCAGGGCAACCAGCCGCAGCUCUUGCAGGGCCACUCUCUGCACAGCACAGGCCGCCCCUCCCGCACGUUUGCGGGGCUGGCCUUCAGCCGGCGCGCGACCAGCGCCAGCAAAGCAGCCUUCACAGCGGAGCUCAUGCGCAAGUCGCCGCUGGCGGUACCGCUCCAGCGCGGUCAGGCUGUCCUCACGGUUCACGUGCCAGUGGACACCCGGCCCAUCAUUCCGGGCACCUACACCGUCACGGUCAAGAUGGUAGGGGGCCCUGUGUGGGGGGCUUUCCGCGGUCGCACCGUUUUGGUGCUGCAGGCAGGCGGCUAUCCCACCACCUCGGACCCCUCUAACCUGACAUGUGCUUAUGUGGUCUCAGAGCAGUGCGCCAAAUCGGUGGGCCCCAAGGGGGAGCCCCAGGCCCCCGCAGGCCAGGGCAUCACCAACCACAUCUUUGCCUGUGUGCGGGGCCCCAGCUGGGACCCGCAGCUCUCUCACCUGCACUGUGCCAAGUUUGAGAUGCCCGGUGAGGAGCCCAUGCAGGUGGAAGUCCGUGGCGCCCCCCAGGCGGCUGGGGCGGCCACGACAGCUGCGGCAGGCAGCCCUGCUCCGGCUGCAGCCAGGGUCGCCGACCUGGGUGGCAACACCUUGGGUGUGGCGAGGCCCGCGGCUGCCAUGGCGACCGCAGCGGCCAUCGUUGACCACGUGGGGGACGUGCAGAUGCAGGAGGCGGCGGGUUUGGGUGACGUGGCGGCUGCAGCUGGUGGCGCCAGCGGGCCACACAGCGGGGCCCCGCCCCCGCUGCCAGUUCUGGUGGCGGGGCGAAGCAACCGUGCUGCUGCGGCUGCCCUGCGGGCCGCGCUGCAGCAGCAGCCCUCUUCACAGCAGUGGCCUAACCGCAAGAACCACCACCACCGCGCGCCAGAAAGGAAAACACCAGUGCUACCAACACUCGACCCGCCGUAACCCACCCCACCCCCACAAGUCGGUUGCUUGAGCAACACCCCAGGAGAACUGGCAGAGGAGACACAAGCAGAAAACUAAACGGGCCAGAUGUGGCGCUGACUAAUCGGGCUCCAGCCCGCUGCAAGACGCGCUGUGCAGGAAGGCCCACAGCCGCCCAGGCGCUGCGACGCCAGCCAGAGCUAUGACACAUGGGGCGCCAGAUAAGCUGAUGACGAUAA